CAGAUCCUUGAGCUGGAUGACCGUAAUGUAGCCUACAUGUCGCUCGACGCACUCAGGAAGCUCGCACGGCACAGCAAGAACGUGCCUCCCGCGCUGCGUGUCGUCUCGCGAGCGCAGUUCACCGAGCUACACCCGAGCCGCGGCAAGGGCUACGGCAUCAAGCUGAAAGGUGCGAUGCCUGUGCGUGUGGACAGCGUUGACAUAGACUCACAGGCGGCGAACGCCGUCAUCCAGGCUGGUGACAUCGUGCUGCAGGUAAACGGCAGACGCGUACGGAGCGCAGAGGGUGCCAAGAGCAUCCUGCGUAGUCAGCCAGGACGUGUUAGCCUCAUCACGAUCCCAGUACCGAAGAAAGUGGCUGGCAUUGGUGGAGUAGGAGGAGGAGGAGGAGGAACAGGUGGAGGCGGGAGCAAGGGGAAGAUGUCAGGAAGUGUGCAACGUGCAAAGCUGCAAAAGACCCGAGAUCUCUUUGACAGGUUGAACACGGUGCUGGCUAAUGAUCAGGACAAGCAGAGCGCGGUGCUGGACUGCAUGCGGCAGUACGCGGCCAACCAGAACGUGGGAGACUUUAGCCAGCGGUUGGCAACCCUGCUGAGCACACCUGAGCAGAGACAGCUGGUGGGCGACAUCAGGGCGUUUGUGCCGCAGAAGCACCGAGCGAGGUUCGACGCCAUCAUAGAGACGCAGCCCGUCUACGAUCGAGUCACUGACAAGAUAAGCAUGCCACACACAGUCGAGCAGGCAGAACCGGCGAAACGGACCGUGGUUGUGCAGAGGCCGGUCAAGGGAAGUUUUGGCUUCAUCCUACGAGGCCAUAGUCCAGUGUACAUCGAGUCUAUUGAUCCAGGCAGCCCCGCGGAGAAGGCUGGAUUAUUACCAGGCGACUAUAUCCUAAAGUUGAAUGGCCUAGAUGUCAGGAAGUGUACUCACAAGCAUCUGGUCAUGUUACUACAUGGUAGUGGUUCUAGUCCUACACUAGAUGUCAUACACAGAAAGCCUGUGGAAGGGUCACAGCUGCACAAAUCCACAUCGAUGGAGUCGGUGGCAUCUCAGCUGUCGUCAGAAUGGAUGCAGGCCUACAGCACUGUAAGUUCUUCUGGCAGGGAUUUCAGACAGCAGAUCCAUUACCUCCUCACUGACAUGGAGCGGCUGAGCUUCCGAAAGGAGCUGCACCACUACAACGAGUCGCACAACGUGCGCCACCUGGUGGAGUCGCUGGCGCCGAUCCUCGACACGCCGUCGAAGAAGACUCUGUGGGCGUACAUCAUGCCGCUGCUGAGCGGCGACCACAAGCGCUACAUAGCCGACACGGUCCCGAUACCCCGCAGCGACAUGGACGACGACGUGGGAAUGGAGCCGGAGGAUACGCACCGCGACACGGCGACGCAGAUGACUGGGCAUCCGGGGUCGCCACAGGACUGGAGUCUUUCCAUGUACUAA